CAUCUUUACGCUGGUGAUUUUUCUACCCUUGAUUUGAAAACACGACGCUCGAUUUUAUUUAUUUACGCUGGGUAGAAUUGAUAUGCGAGCUGCGCGGUUGUUGAAUGGGCGUCUGCAGAAUCUAACUUCACGCCCUCUUUAUCGUUCAAUUUCGACUUCAUCCCAGCGUCUCAAUAUGGCUGCUGCAUCAGGACCUUGGGGAGCUUGGCAGGCGAAGCCUGGCAAGUUUACGCAGCUUGUGGCAGACUCUAUGAAGAAGCUGUACCCCGAAGAGCUUGCGGAUCGAGCAUGGGAUAAUGUUGGUCUGUUGGUUGGUACUCUGGAGGAGGGCCAGGAGCAGAGCCCCAAGGUCAUGGUUGUCAAUGAUCUCACUUGGCAAGUCGCCAUCGAUGCCAUUGAGCAGGAUGUUUCUGUCGUUGUCAGCUACCACCCCUUCAUCUUUAGCGGCCACAAGUCUCUCACAACAAAUGAUCCGCAACAAGCAACGCUUCUGCGCUUGGCCAGGGCAGGAAUCGCUGUUUACUGUCCCCAUACAGCAGUGGAUGCUGCGCCCAAGGGCCUCAACACGUGGCUUGCAGAUGUCGUCUCUGGCGAGCACAAGUCCGCCCGAUCUGUCGCCAUUCCCUGCUCUACAGCACCCGAGUCUCAUUCUCCUGCUGGAUACGGAGCCAUCGGCUACUUUGAUGCCCCCGUUGGUCUAUCGGAAAUCCUGAAGCGUCUCGCAAAUGAACUCGGUGGCCUGCGACACCUCAUGAUUGCCUCGCCUGUCGGUUCUGACAUCAAGACGGCAAAGGUUGGCAGCUUUGGCGUGUGUGCUGGCAGUGGCUACGAUGUGCUGAAGAAGGCUGAUGUCGACUUGCUUGUGAUGGGCGAGACGUCGCACCACUCUGCGCUGCGCGCGAUUCAGCAGGGCCGCACCCUUGUUCAGGUCUUCCACUCUAACUCGGAGAGAAGUUAUCUCCAAAAGAAGCUAGGACCUGCUCUGGAGGAGGAGCUCAAGAAGUCAGGCGCUGCCGACGCGCAGGUUGUAUUUAGCAAGUAUGAUAGCGAUCCGUUUACUAUUGUUGGCGUUGAUGAAUUGGAUUAAGCAGUGGCGUUUUGGGGACGAAUAAAAGUUAGAGGAGUUGGUGGUGAUGAUGAGCAUGAGCAUGAUAUAGGUGUCUAUUUGGUGUAGUAACUUUGUAUAUGUACAAUUAUGAACAACGAUUGCCGUGUCUUCAGUCGUCUUUUGAACCUGUAUUUGUUUCCCCGCGCAGUGCUGCAUCUCCCUCGUCAAUGCACUUUUGAACGUCUGCACCCCCUAGACCUUUUUCUUUCCAAGUCUCUAGUAAGCGCCUCGGCAGCUCCCAUCUGCGCUUUGCCUCGGUCGUUUUGCCCUCUGCUACUAACGUCCUCAACAGCUCUGGCGUCCCUAAUACCUCAAUUGCCAGCUCUUUUGUUCGUUGCCGUCUUGCUAGGACUUCAUGUUCUUUAGCUUUGUCUGAACCGGGCUCGGGGAUGUGGUCACGGAGCCCUUGACGUAUCGAGUUUGCUUGGUUGUAGAUGUGGUUGAUGGCAGGGUUGAGGGUUGAGGCCAUGGGGUUUAACGGGUCCAUGUUCGAUCGCAUCUAGUAUAGUUAGCAAGCCGGACUUUUGGGUUUUAUCAGAGAGGUGGUAGAAGUCGCACUUUUUGUAUCGUCUCCGUCGCGGAGAUGAGCUUGCUAUAAUUAUCGUACACGAGGGCCUUUUUCUCAGCGUCCAGCGCUCGAACCUCGCCCACUACUCGUGUAUAUAAUCUCAGAAGUUCCUCUAGACUGCUUUCUGAGACAACCUUGGUUAUGUAUUGGUCUGCCUUGAAGUCUUCGUUGUCGAGAUCGCUCGCGGGGACCUCGGAGUCAGGAGCCUCAAUGCGCGGCGUCGCGGCCGCUCGCAGCUUGUAGUAUUCGCGGAGGGCGGCGCGGUUUGCGCGCUUGGCGACAACAGGGGCUGGUGGUUGCGCACUCGCGACAGGCGAUCCAAUUGCUGAGCGGGCGGCUUCGAGGGACGGGCGUGUGGACGAGGUCGGUGUCGAGGCGACGCGGCGGGAAGGGGGGAGCGAGGUUUCGCGGGGUGUGGCGAUUGUAGACAUGGUUGCGGAGCUCAAAGAGAACGUGCUUCUGGAAGCUGUUCAAUCGGCGGCGACGGUGGACUGGCGU